AUGAUAGCAACUAAGAGUCACAGCCUUUUCACACCGGAGCCACACUAUAUUCCUGGCUAUGCCGGCUUCUAUCCCCAACUACGGUACCAGGUGGGAUACACUUAUGGCCGGACCACUGCACAGGUGCUGACGGACCCAACAGUGAAUAAGAGCCCAUGUUCUGUGUUGGCACCGCUCAGCAAACCCAAGUUCAUUGAGGAUUAUAGCCAAGGUAGAACAAACCAUGCAAAAUAUAUGGAUGCGAACCAGCCUUACAUCCCCCAUUACACAGGAUUCCAGCCCUUUAAGGAUUUUGAGAUCAGAGGACACUAUCCAUUCCUUGGGACAGAGCAACGUAACAUGCCUAUGCCAGACAGUGAUCGGUACAUGCCUUCGACAGGCACAGGCAUUGAAACCAUGCCCUACCAUCCUUACCCACCAUGUCCACCAAGCAAGAAGGUCAACGAACCUGAAUUUGGACAUCCAGGUCUCCGACUGGCAUAUGGAAAAGAAGGGUGGAAAACCCCACCCUCUCUCCAGAAGGCCCCUGUAUAUCCCCAGCUGCACCACUUCCGGAGAGAUGUGUAUCCCCCUCUGCAACCCCAGACGGAGACGCUAGAUGUCGGCAGGUUUGAGAGGCUUCCCAAGCUAGACAAGCCCAACCUGAUCCAGCACAAAGCCAUCUCGGGGUACGCUGGAUUCGUACCACGAUUCACUUGGGUGAUGGGAAUGAAUUAUCGAGAUGGUGUCCAGCAGGCCAUGGACGAAUUCGAUAAGAGUCAGUUUCUAAUAAGAAACCCUGUUUACGCUCUGGGAGAGAGACUACCAAAACAACACUGGCCAGACACCAAAGUUUACCACAGUCAAGGACUGAUACCUUUCUACACAGGAUUCAUACCAAGUAUCUUUGAGACAAACUUAUGGUUUAACAUUUGGCAGCAGUACUCGCAAAGCUUAUCGAAAUGA